GCCGCCGCCACCCCUCGCGGGGCGGGCCGGCUCCCUCCUCGGCGGCGCGGGGCCGCGGCAGCGGCUCCAUCCCCGGCCGGAAGAGGAAGGCCCGCCGGGGCGCUGCGGAGGGCCGGGGAGGAGCCGCCGCCGCCCGCCCGCAGCAUCCCCAAGGGAGGGCUUUUGGCAGGCGGGGGGGACGCGCCCGCGCCCCCUGAGGAGCGGACUUUACAAAGGGGUUAGAGGAGCCUUCUCAAGGCUGAGCAGGUGCUGUUGCUCUCUGGGAUUUAUCUUGAAGACAGCAUUCCUGCAAUAGAAGCAGAACACCUGGGAGCAUGGCCUUGCAAGAGAGAGGAACCAUCAAUGACAAGCAAGAACGGAACUCUAGUCGUGUUAUUACAAUUGUCUUCCUGGCACUUUUCAUCGACUUGUUGGGAUUUGCGCUCAUCUUGCCACUGUUUCCUUCCAUCCUUGAUUAUUACAGCCAGACUGAGGAUGGAUUCUAUUUGUCAUUGCAACGAGGUGUGGAUUGGUUUGCACUGAUGGCUGGGAUACCUCCAGGGCGGAAAUACAACAGUGUCUUGUUUGGAGGUCUGAUUGGCUCAAUCUUUUCCAUCCUACAGUUUUUCUCCUCCCCCCUCACUGGUGCUGUGUCGGAUCACUUGGGCAGAAGGCCUGUCAUCUUGAUGACAGUGAUGGGUUUGAUAACAUCAUACUCACUAUGGGCUGCCUCUAGGACUUUUGGCGUUUUUCUUCUCUCCAGGAUCAUAGGUGGAAUAAGCAAAGGGAAUGUCAGCCUCUCCACAGCUAUAAUUGCUGACUUGCACUCUCCAAAAGCACGGAGCAAGGGCAUGGCAAUGAUUGGUGUUGCUUUCUCCCUUGGUUUUACCCUGGGUCCCAUGAUUGGAGCUUACCUAGCCAUGGAGACAGAGAAAGGAGAAGUCUUUUAUCUUCGUUCGGCAUUGCUAGCACUCAUGUUUUCUGUGGCUGAUUUAAUUUUCAUCUUCUUCCUACUUCCGGAGACACUUCCCAAAGAAAAACGGGUCUCUUCUGUGACGUCUGGCUUUCAGGCAGCAGUUGACUUGCUCAGUCCUCUGGCCUUAUUUCAGUUCUCUGCAGUCACCCGAGGAAAGGAAUCCCUUUCACAGAAGAAUCUUCAGAAUCUCAAAAUCUUGGGCCUGGCUUAUUUCCUGUACCUCUUCCUGUUUUCCGGCUUGGAGUAUACGCUGAGUUUUCUUACUCACCAGAGAUUCCAGUUCAGCAGCAUGCAGCAGGGCAAGAUGUUUUUCUUUAUUGGAAUAACAAUGGCUGUGAUCCAGGGAGGCUACGCUCGCCGAAUCAAGCCAGGAAAUGAAAUCAGAGCUGUAAAGAGGGCUAUUAUGUUGCUGAUUCCAGCUUUCUUGUUAAUUGGAUGGGCUGCCAAUGUGACCAUGCUGAGUGUCGGACUGUUGCUGUACUCCUUUGCUGCGGCCAUUGUUAUCCCGUGUUUGUCAGCAGUGGUGUCAGGCUAUGGCUCUGCCAGCCAGAAAGGACGAGUCAUGGGGAUCCUGCGGAGCCUGGGUGCCCUCGCCAGAGCCCUGGGACCCAUCCUGUCAGCUACAGUUUACUGGCUGGCCGGGGCAGAGUUUUGCUUCACUGUCUGUGGAGCCUUCUUCCUCAUCCCCUUUGCUUUACUCGGUUAUAUAAAACAGCAGGCAAAGGAGGAGUAGGACGUGACCACAGAACCAUCACCAGCUUCCAAGGAUUUCUGCCUCACCUGACUCUGCUGGUCCAAUAGGAAGUGGCCAAUUUUCACCGUUGGGAAGGGGAUACGCGAUGACCCUGUGCAGCAACAACAGACUUCAGGUUUCUUACGGCCCUCCACAAGCAGUGGCGUUAAGACACCUCGCAGCCGGCUUGGCUGGUUUUGCAAAUAGCAGAGACACACCCCACAGAACAGCCGAGUAAAGCAUUACGACCACCAGCUGAGUGGAGACCGACAUAGAAUCGUUGAGGUUGGGAAAGACCUUUAAGAUCAUCAAGCCCAACCGUUAACCCAGCACUGCCAAGUCCACCACUACACCAUCUCCCCAAGCACCCACGGUCUGGAAACAGUUUUGAAUGAGCACGACAGCAGCACAGCCCAGUGCCAUCCCAGUCCACCAUCCAGGGCUGCUGCACACCGCGCUGCCGUGGCCGCGGCACACGCUGCUGCUCUCCCAGACCCCUGCCAGGAGGGCCGUUGUGCCUGCUUUUGGCGAGCACGGAACAAACCCCCACGGCAGUUUCUGUACCAUCGUCAGGAGAUCUCCGCAACUGCUCCGUGCCCCUGGUCCCAGCUGUACCGCCCACCUUAAAACGCGACCAUCGAAACCACAAGCACGCAGCGCACUACAGGCUGCCGAAGCCUGACUGCUACUCUGGUACAGGUGGACUGUUUUUAAUACACAGUUAAAUUUUGAGAGAUGUUUUAUAUUUCUAAUACUGUGUGAUAUUUUUUGAUGACCAAGCACUGUUCUCUUUUGCAUUGCAAAUAAACUGUUACAUUGUA